GCUUGUUGCUAGGUGGAGUGACGUCACGAGCACUAUCUGACAGCCUUUCUCGGGCUUGUUUACCGGGAGCGGAGGAGACUCGGGUAUAAUCCGCUGUAAUCCUUCCGCUGGGAGCGGCGGCGGACGGCGAGAGAGGCUGGGACACCCAGAGCAGGCUGCGCACUGUCACCCCAGCCCCAUAUUGUGGACUCUGGUCACCGAUGACACCUGGGAACCGAUGGUGAAAAGUGCGCCGGGGACGGAAGCUGAUUGCGGGGAGAAGGAGAGGGCCUGAGCGGGGACAUGGAGCUGAGAGUGGGGAACCGGUACCGGCUAGGCCGCAAGAUCGGCAGCGGCUCGUUUGGAGACAUUUACCUGGGUACCGAUAUUGCUGCGGCAGAAGAAGUGGCCAUUAAAUUGGAAUGUGUCAAAACAAAGCAUCCUCAGCUCCACAUAGAGAGCAAGAUUUACAAAAUGAUGCAAGGAGGAGUGGGAAUUCCUACCAUAAAGUGGUGUGGAGCGGAGGGGGAUUACAAUGUUAUGGUCAUGGAAUUACUGGGACCCAGUCUUGAAGAUCUCUUUAAUUUCUGCUCCAGGAAAUUUAGCUUGAAAACAGUUCUUCUCCUCGCUGACCAGAUGAUUAGCCGUAUUGAGUAUAUUCAUUCCAAAAACUUCAUCCAUCGCGAUGUGAAACCAGAUAAUUUUUUGAUGGGGCUUGGGAAAAAAGGAAACCUUGUGUAUAUUAUCGAUUUUGGGCUCGCCAAAAAAUAUCGAGACGCUCGCACACACCAGCACAUCCCCUAUCGUGAAAACAAGAAUUUGACAGGAACUGCCCGUUAUGCUUCUAUCAAUACUCACCUUGGUAUAGAGCAAUCUCGCAGAGACGAUCUGGAGUCUUUAGGGUAUGUCCUUAUGUAUUUUAACUUGGGUUCCCUCCCAUGGCAAGGGCUGAAAGCUGCUACCAAAAGGCAAAAAUAUGAGCGGAUCAGUGAAAAGAAAAUGUCAACGCCUAUCGAGGUGCUCUGCAAAGGUUAUCCAUCCGAGUUUGCCACCUACCUGAACUUCUGCCGGUCUUUGCGCUUUGAUGAUAAGCCCGACUAUUCCUACCUACGACAGCUCUUCCGGAAUUUGUUCCACCGCCAAGGCUUUUCCUACGACUAUGUGUUUGACUGGAACAUGCUGAAAUUUGGUGCAAGUCGUGCAGCUGAAGAUGCAGAACGCGAAAGGAGAGAGCGCGAGGAACGCUUGAGACACUCCCGCAAUCCUGCUACUCGCGGUUUACCUUCUACUGCUUCUGGCAGAGUGAGAGGUGCCCAAGAGGUCACACCACCAACUCCCCUCACUCCAACCUCUCACACUGCAAACACUUCUCCCCGUCCUGUGUCCGGGAUGGAACGCGAGCGGAAAGUGAGCAUGAGACUGCAUCGCGGCGCACCAGUCAAUGUCUCUUCAUCUGAUCUAACCGGCCGACAAGAUACCUCUCGCAUGUCAACUUCUCAGAAUAGCAUUCCUUACGAACAUCACGGCAAGUAGCUGCUCUCCUCGUGCUCGGUUGAAGGCAGUGCCGGAUUCCCAGUCGGGUGGCCUCCAGUGGUCUUCCAUCAACAGUACACCGAUGAACACAUUCCCGUGGAGAAGAGAGCGCAUGGCUGGGCUUUGGAUGGUUUCCAAAGCAAAAACAAAAAAAAUGUAAAAAAAAAUAAAUCUUUCUAAAAGCAACCAAAUCCAAACAAAGCUUUAGAUGCUUUUACCAGGCCGAUCUCGUGACAGGGUUACAUUACUAGCUGCUGAAAUGGGACUCCGUGGAGGCAGGGUCAGCAGGUGUAGUGUGGAGCCCUCUAGUGACACUUUCAGCAGAAAUGGCAGAGUUGACUAUUUUUCUUUUUUUCUUUCUUGUAACUUUUUUUUUAUUUUUAAUUUUUUUAUAACGUCAAUUUAAGGAUUGCCAUUUUAUUUUAUCUUUCAAGGGCCCUUUUUAUUCUACUGUAUCUAUAUGUUUUUUAUAUCUGUUUGCUAAAACCACUUCUAUUUGUGCCAGGUUUGUCCGUCUCUCUUUCGUGAAAACGAUCUGGAAUUGAGGUUCUGUUGCGGCAACAACUGUGGGCAUAAAAGAUAUAGGAGCAUGAGUGGGCUUUAAAAUUACUUUGUUUUGUUUUCUUAAAUUGUAUCUAGCUUGUGUUCUUUAAACUAAUUUAAUGUUUUGUACAUUUUUGUUCUCUUUAUUUUUCUUUUCUCUUGGAGUGCAACAAGGGAUGAUCGUUUCUUGAGAUUAAAUACAAGCUGAAGAUUGCGAUGGGUGGUUUUUAGGAGAAUUUCUGACUUGUGCGUCUUUUGUGCGAAAGGUUUUAACUGUACAGUUACAGAGUUCUGGAGCAAAGCUGUGCAUUUAUCACCAACCAACCCUUAAUGGAAUACAUUUAUAAGGAAAACACUUUGUGUAAAGUAUUUUGUUUUCUAUGUAUGCUAGCCGAGGCUGUUAGAAAGUACACACAGUGACAUUUUUCCUCCGUUUAAAAAAAAACCUCAUUCAAAAAUGAUGGCCACGUUUUGUUGUUGUUUUUUGUCCUCCCUCCCUCCCUCCUAUUGUAAAAAUAACAAUGAUAUCUUCUUGAAAAUGUUUUUGUUUCCUUAAUCAGCAGUUCUCGCCCCCUCCUCUCGAGGGAUGCAAACUCACCUAGCCUUUUCGAGAGCCAAAUGUGGGGUAGCACUUGCACCCUCUAGCACUAAAAGCUAAACAACUGCUCACUGUGCAAUAUUGUCUACGGUGUGGGGAGGUAUCCAGCUGUUUGUUUUUCGGAUGUCAUUUUAAAAAGCGAAAUUGAUGCUCUUUAUUCCGCAGGCAGCAUACAAUUCUUUUUGACCUUUUUAUGGUACAGGGCGGCGUCCUGUUUGCUAGAUGGAUAUAUACACAUUAGGUGGGCGUUUGUGUUCUUGUUGUAAGAGCGUUAGUUCCAAGUAUUUCUACAUAUUUGAGGAUUGUAACGGAAAGACUUGUAAGUGUAUGCUAGUCAACAUGUAAUAUUUUUCUGCAUGUCACCACGUUAUUUGUACAAUUCUUCACGCGUGUGUUUUAUGUAAAUAUCUGUGAAUGUCAUGUUUCUGAAACUUUUUUCUAACCACUGUACACAAAUUCUUUGCGUAUUUGAAAACAUUAAAUUUCAGUGGGGGGGAGAAAGGGGGAACGCUUCAACCCUCACUUGCCAUAAUUACAGAAUGUUUUCAUGGGAUCUGAUAAAAUCCUGUCUAUCGAUACUUAUUGUUCACAAACCAAUUUGUAUCACUACUGUAUUUGUGUACUUUACAAAGUGUGUAAAUAAUAAAUCCGUAACUUCUA